ACCCCUGUGGCGAUGCGACCCAUUCGUCGCUGUCGUUUGUCGCUCCCCGUGUGUCGAGCCCAUUAGUCUAUUGACAUCUAAGAUAAGGGCGCCAAAAAUUUGUCCCACAGUCAUUAAAAGCACCAUUUGAUUGGCAACACCUGCAGGUUUGGGUAGGGGGGCUCUUGAAGCUACACUCCAAAACGUUUUCGUUAUUUCUUUAUUAAAUUUGCCAACAACUUUUAACGUUAAAACACGAACUUGUUGAUGAGAUUGUCGCAAUUUUGGAUCCCGAGACUAAAAAACAGGCGGGCGAGUGGCCUCUAAGUAAAUUUAGCUAAUGUUAGCCGGGUUGGUUGAAAAAUAACAGCAGAGAUACCAACAGCAUUACUAGCUUUUAAAAGUGGUACAAUUAGCGGCACAGUUUGCAUCCAAAGUCAACAAUGCGGGAGAUAAUGAAGAGUGUGAGCCACCUGCAGGCCAGCCAGCUGCUCCAUAACAAGUUCAUCGUGGUGUUGGGAGACUCCAUUCAGCGGUCUGUAUACAAGGAUCUUGUUCUGCUGCUGCAAAAAGAGGAAUAUCUCAGCUUAAAACAACUAAAGACCAAGGGUGAGAAGAGCUUCGAACAGGACUGCCUGAUGGAAGGGGGCUGUUUGGAUCAAAUGCACAAUGGGACACAGUACAGAGAAGUUCGACAGUUUCAGUCUGCCCACCACCUGGUCCGCUUUUACUUUGUGACCCGCAUCUACUCCCAUUACAUGCAGACUGUCCUGGAGGACUUCCGCCAUGGCUUGAAACCAGAUGUAGUCAUUGUCAACUCCUGCCUUUGGGAUAUUUCAAGAUACAAUUGCAACUGGAAUGACAGCUACAAGGAGAACCUUCAUAGCUUCUUUGAUGAGCUGCAUGGGGUUCUGCCAGAGGAAACGUUGGUUGUAUGGAACCUCACCAUGCCCUUAGGAGAGAAGAUCAGAGGUGGUUUCCUGGUGCCUGAGAUCGAGCACAAGGCACAGCAGCUGCGUUACGAUGUGAUCGAAGCCAACUUCUACAGUGGGACUCUGGCCGAUGCCUAUGGGAUGGAUGUGUUGGACCUUCAUUUCCAGUUCCGAUUCUCGCUGCAACAUCGAAUGAAGGAUGGGAUCCACUGGAACGCUGUUGCUCAUCGCAAGAUUACUUCUCUUGUGUUACAGCACGCUGCAGAGGCCUGGGGUGUGAUAUUGCCCUGUCCAGUGACUGUUUAUGAACACACUGAAGUUACUGAGCAACAGCCAGCCAAUGACAGUGCUCCAAAACGCAAAAACCGGCACCAUUACAACGGCUACCAGGCAGAGUUCUUCAGCGACACACUGCCCACUAACUACUUAAGCUUUGAUAACCCAUGGCCACAGACAUGCCACUUUAAGGCUGCUGGAACUUGGAGAUCUGCACCCCCACCAAAACGUUACCACAGAAAUCUGGACAGAGAGGCUGGAAAUGGUUUUGGCUACAGGCCUCCGCACCAGUUCGAGCCCUACAAGGAGGACAAUCACCAGCAUGUGAUGAGGAGCCGACACACCAGACGCCACUAUACCCCCUACACCCAACACAGACCCUUACACUCUGGCCGUAAUUACCAUUACUACUGAACACAUAGUUUUUUACAAGUUUCGGACACAAACCAAAUUCCUUUUGUUAUCUAUUUUUCUAUCAUCGGGACAUUUCUUUGUUGCUGCAGUCCUGUUUUAUACACCAAAUUAUACAGGGAGCUUCAUUCAUUCUUUUUAAUGAACCUGUAGGUGUGUACAGUAACUUUCUCUUACUAUAUGCUAGUAUUCUUUUAGUUGAAUUCUCAAUUUUUCAAAUGUUUCA